GCAAUCAGAGCCGCCCCGACCUUGGCUUCCUCUGCCGGGUGGGAUUGGGGGGGCUGGGCCCCCAAAGGGGGCCCUGGCUUCCCUCUUCCUCUGGGUAGGGGACAGAGAAGCACAGACCCAGUGAGUGGGGACUAACUUCCUCUUGUCCUGGAACGAGCAUGUCUGCCCUUUGCGAGCGGGUUUGGGUCUCUCACACAGAGGAAACCAAAAGCAGUGAGAGGGAAGGAAGGCGGAGCGACCAAUCAAGGGCAGGGUGAGGUGCAGAACCAGCGGGCUCCCUGGGGAGCCAGGCAGAGCCGGGGGGCCAUGGCGGAGCUGCAGCAGCUGCAGGAGUUUGAGAUCCCCACUGGCCGGGAGGCCCUGCGGGGCAACCACAGCUCCCUGCUGCGAGUUGCAGACUACUGCGAGGACAACUACGUGCAGGCCACAGAUAAACGGAAGGCACUGGAGGAGACCAUGGCCUUCACCACCCAGGCCCUGGCCAGCGUGGCCUAUCAGGUGGGCAACCUGGCUGGAAACACUCUGCGUAUGUUGGACCUUCAGGCAGCUGCCCUGCGGCAGGUGGAAGCCCGUGUGAGCACGCUGGGCCAGAUGGUGAACAUGCAUAUGGAGAAGGUGGCCCGAAGGGAGAUUGGCACCUUAGCCACCGUCCAGCGGCUGCCUCCCAGCCAGAAAAUCAUUGCCCCCGAGAACCUGCCUCCCCUCACGCCCUACUACAGGAGACCCCUCAACUUCGGUUGCCUGGAUGACAUCGGCCACGGGAUCAAGGAUCUGAGCACCCAGCUGUCGCGAACCGGGACCCUGUCUCGAAAGAGCAUCAAGGCGCCUGCCACACCCACCUCCGCCACCCUGGGGAGAGCACCCCGGAUCCCCGAGCCCGUGCAGCUGCCCUCAGUGCCCGACGGCAAGCUCUCCGCCGCCUCCUCCGCCUCCUCCCUGGCCUCGGCGGGCAGCGCCAAAAGUGUCGGUGGGAUCUCCAUGACCAAGGGGCAGGCAGCACCCCUAUCCCCACCCCCUCCACCUGCUGCCUCUGACGGUUUCCUGCUGCCCCCUCCGCUGGAGGAUCUCUCCCUCCCCCCGCCGGCCCCAGAGCUGCCCCUGCCCCCUCCUCCACCCUUGGACGUGGAUGAUUUGGGGCUGCCACCUCCGCCCCCACCAGACUUUGGGUCCGAAGAGCCCAGCUGGGCCCCUGAGGCAUACUUGGAGAAAGUGGUGACACUGUACCCAUAUACACGCCAGAAGGACAACGAACUCUCCUUCUCUGAGGGCACCGUUAUCUGCAUUACCCGCCGCUACUCCGAUGGCUGGUGUGAGGGCGUCUCCUCGGAAGGGUCUGGAUUCUUCCCUGGGAACUAUGUGGAGCCCAGCUACUGACAGCCUGGGCUCUCUGGGAUGCUGACCCAAGCACGGCCUUGAGUGAACCCCUGAGUCCCACACCAAAGCCAGCUCCACAGUUAAGACUGGACCAGGCCUGCACACCUCCUGGGCUGUGAGCUGUCUGUUCCUUCCCCACAUCCCAUUAGAAAGGGGUCCAGGGGAGAGAGAGGAGGUACCCAGAGGCCUGCUGGAGACAGGAAAGAACUGGAAGCCAAGGAGUUUGGUCAUCUUAUCCACAGGGGACCCUUACGUUAUGCAAGGCAGUGUCUCCAGCUGCCAAGUGCCAACUUUGAAUAAAACUCUGAUGACUUC